GGCCGUCCCGAGGAAAAUGCUCCCAGUGGAGGACAGCUGGCUGAGCAAAGAAGCAGGACGAGAAGAAGGCGCUGCUGCUGGACACACACACACACACACAAACAAACACACACACACUUUCGGGGUGGAUCAUACAAGAAGUGUAAGCGCAGACAUGUUUGACACCUCUCACUACCCCUUCAACUGUUUCAACUAUGACGGUGAUGGAUACGCUUCGUGUAGCACAGACCAGGAGAAGAAGAUGUGCAGACCUGCUUACAGCUACAUCGCCCUGAUCGCCAUGGCGAUUCAGCAGAGCCCUGAGCAGAGGGUGACUCUGUCAGGCAUCUAUGAGUUCAUCAUGAGGAGGUUUCCUUACUAUCGCUCCAACCAGAGAGCCUGGCAGAACUCCAUCAGACAUAACUUAUCGCUCAACAGCUGCUUCAUUAAGGUCCCCAGGACAGAAGGGAAUGAGAAGGGGAAAGGAAACUUCUGGACUUUUGCCCCCGGCUGCGAAUCCAUGCUUGACCUCUUUGAAAACGGCAACUUCCGGCGUCGCAGGCGCAGGCGGAACAUGAAAAUCGGCCUCUGCGAUUCAGGAGAAGCUCCCACUUUUCAGCCUGCAGAAAGUGCCGUCAAGCGGCACAACACGUCUCAUGCGGCCCGCCGCCCUGAAGCCGACUCCGACCUCUGCCCUUUGACCCCGCAGCGGUCUCGGCCGUGCCCGCCGCUGGUCCAGAACCCCGUCCAGGGGAAACCGGGAUCCGAGAUCAAGUUCAGCAUUGACUACAUUCUGUCUACGCCAAACCCGCCCAUGCUUGGGAUCGGAUCUUCGGGGCCACCCAUUCAUGUGGUGGAGCCACAACACCUCAACCUGCACUUCUGGACUCUGUAAGGACCAGCAUUUAGCUGAAGACGUCCCGAGACACUUGAAAACGAAACAAAAAGAGGAUCAAAGUAGACAUGCAGGUACAGAACACUGGAGAACAUACAUACAUCAUUCAUCAUGUUAUCCAUAUAUGUAUACAGUAAGAGCAGAAUGUACAGGAGAGACUUCCAAAGCACAGUUUAACUAUAAUAAUAACAAUAAUCUUAUUUUGUCAUUGUUUUUGUCUUAUCCCAAUGGACCAAAUAAGAAGCAUGAACAUUUUCUCAUAUACAAAAUUUAAGUGCCGCAAUCUUGCAUUAUUUCAGUCUUCGACCGUGACAGAUGACAAAUGACAAAAUUAACUUGAGAGAUGGCUCAACAGAAUUAAUGUCAGCACAUGAAAGACACUUAAAAACAUUGCUAAUGAUAAAAAAAAAUACUAAUAAUAAUACAUCUAUUUAUUCCAAAGAAAAUUGUACUGGUAGUGCUUUUUUCGAGGGGGGUUUUGCCCAUCAUCCACAAUCCAUGUGAGACUACAACACAUGUCUUCCCCUUUUCUGUGCAUUCUAAAUGACAAAAAACUGCCAGUAGGAGACAGCUAACAAUGCAGGUAAUGGGGAUACUAUCUAUUCUGCCUAUAAAGCCCUCUAAAAAAAACAUCCAAACUCCUUCAAGACUGUUUUAUAUACACAUUGUAAAUAUAUGUAAUGUAAUAAUAUUAUAUAGUAGUUUUUUAUUUUUUAUUAUAAUAUAUAAUAUUGUAAUAUAUAAUAAUAAUAAUUAAACAUUUUCCUGAGGGAUCUCUCCUGAAGGAAUCAAUAGAGUAUUAUCCAUCUAUCUAAUAGCCACAGCCACGGCAUGUAAUAUUUACAGUAUUUUGCUUGUUUUAAGCAUUACCUUAACUUUUUUCCUAGGUGCAGUGAUUUCACAGAGCGCAUAGCAAUGGUACUGUUCGGUUUAAAAAAAUAAAAUAAAACAGUGAUUUAUAAUGUCCACUCUAACUGGGAUGCCGACUGGUGGGAUGGUUGUAUCUUUCAGCACUUGUGCUCUCCUUGAGCUGCUAAGUCCAGAAUAAUUCUCACACAUCAGAAUACAAAAAAAUGCUUCCAGGUGAU